AUGAAUUCUAUAGCCACUCGACGCGCCUUCUCCUUAUUGUCAUCCAAGAUCCACCCUCAGCUUCCACUGUCACCCCGCGAAAGCGAGCAGCUCCUCGCACUCCUCACAUCCUCGUUCAGAGCACACCUCGACCGUGAGCACCCCGUGGCUCUAGCUGAGGACACUCAAAAAUCGCGUCCACGCAAGCAUUCAUUAAGCAAUGGCCGAAAUCCUGCCCCACAUCGACCCUUGCAGUCCUCUCGCAACACUGCAAACCAACAUGUCGAGUCUAUUCUAACAAACCCACUCUUUUCUGUCCGACCCCGACGGAUGGCCUCCGACCCUGCCAAACUCGAUGCACAGCAAGUACUCGAGAAUCCCCUGGGCUGGUUCUUGGACCAGGUAGCUGCUGGAGGCGCCGACAUUCCGAAGGCUGCCAUGACUCUCAAUAUGCUCAAAAGCAACGCCACCACAGCUGAGAUCAAACGCCCAACUGACGGGCAGCAUCAGAGUAAUGCAGGUGCUAAAAUUGCAGAGUGGCUUUGGUCGAGUAGCGUGGAGAAUUCGAAGGCGUUCUUGGAAUAUCCGCGCAAGUCUUUCCUGGGCAACUUGAUCCCUUUGCUCCUAAAAGAAGGGGAAGAAGCUCCCCUGUGGCGGUGGUUU